AUAACUUGACCGGUUUUUGUGUCAAUUUAAUUUUUCCUACUUUAGUAUACAUACAUAAGUAUAUCAUAUAUAUAAAUAUAUUGUAGUGUAAUAGUUAAAAAGUGCGUGGGUGAGCAUUUGAAAGCCAGUUGGAGUAGUAGCUAGGUCAACUGGGCAUGUGGAAUCGUAGGUUUGUGUGAUAGCGAAAAUUUGAAUCAAUAAGAAGAAAAAAUAAUAUUUGAAAUGAAUUUUGAAAAUAAUCAUGAAAAUGGAGAUCAUGCAUCUCUUGGAUCGCGGGACGAUUCUCCUGUUGUAUUCCCGUCAAUAUAUCGAGAAGCACCAUUCAGCGAUGACCCGGAAGCCAUCGCGGAGUUAGAAGCUUGCGACUACACUAAAAAAAUCGACAUAAAAAUGGCAAAGAGCGGGAAAGCGCCUAGACGGGUUCGAGUUUACGCAGACGGAAUUUACGAUUUGUUCCAUCAAGGCCACGCUCGUCAGCUAAUGCAGGCAAAAAAUCUUUUCCCAAAUGUUUAUUUGAUCGUCGGUGUUUGCAAUGACGAAUUGACUCACGAGAAAAAAGGUCGCACUGUUAUGACCGAUGAUGAGAGAUAUGAAGCAGUACGGCAUUGCCGUUACGUCGAUGAACUAGUGCGAGACGCUCCAUGGGAGCUGGAUGAAGAAUAUCUAGCCAAACACAAGAUAGACUUCGUAGCGCACGACGACAUCCCGUAUUCAACUGACGAGGCUGACGAUGUGUAUGGUUGGAUAAAAGCUAAAGGAAUGUUUGCAGCUACUCAAAGAACUGAGGGUGUCUCUACAUCAGAUAUUGUUGCUAGAAUUGUCAAAGAUUAUGAUAUUUAUGUUAGAAGAAAUUUAGCUCGAGGUUACAGUGCCAAGGAAUUGAACGUCUCGUUUCUUAGUGAAAAAAAAUUCAGAUUACAAAAUAAAUUCGAUGAUUUAAAAGACAAGGGAAAACGAGUGAUGGAAAACAUUGAAGAGAAGCGGAUGGAUAUGAUUAGCAAGUGGGAAGAAAAAUCUCGUGAUUUUAUAGACGCUUUUUUAUUACUAUUUGGUCGAGAGGGUCGACUGUCGACGAUUUGGAACGAAAGUAAAGGUCGUUUGAUGCAAGCGCUUUCACCACCAGCAAGUCCUAAACGAGCGGGUAGUCCAAAUGGGAGCAGUAGUAGUAAUAAUGACGAUGAUCAAGUCAGUCCACCACCAAAGAAAACUGGUCGCUACGAUUUUCCAAAUAAUAGUAAUCACUAUUUGAGUGAUGAUUACAGUGAUGACGAAGAAAUAAAUUCACAUUCCAAAUAGUUUAUGACUUUUAUUUAUUAUUAUUUAACUUUCGAUAUAUUUAUCUCAACAUCUUUAAUAAUUGUAAUUAAUUAAUAAUUAGACUAAAUUAAUGGUCUAGACAUAAUAGAUUUGUUUACUAAA